AUGGCUGAAGACAAAAUAUCUGUGGUUGCGCGCAUAAGGCCUGUUUUUGAAGAUCGUUUGCCAGAUUGGACGAAGAAUGGUGAAAGGAAUAUUGUGAAGAGGGACGGUACCGAAAUCUACACAUUUGAUGAAGUUUUCGACCAGCUCUGCAUGAAUACGGAUAUCUACGACCAAGUAAUGAAAGGAAUGGUUGAUUCCGCGUUGGCAGGCUUCAAUACAGCAGUGUGCGCUUAUGGCCAGUCAGGCGCUGGUAAAACGCAUACACUGACGGGAUCAAACUCGGAAGACGGCGUGGUACAAUGCACAUUCCAAGCGCUUUUUGACAGGAUCGCAAAGUCGGAGGAUCGCAAUUACAUGUUGCGGAUUUCAUACGUUGAGAUUUACAAUGAGAAAGUUCGCGAUCUGUUGAGUGAGCACGCCGUUGACUUGCCAAUAUACGAAAACAAAGACGGUGUGGCUCAGAUAGAAGGCCUGAAGGAAGUCGUGGUCACGGAAAUGAGUGAAGUAGAGGAGCUUCUGAAGCAAGCACAAGAGCAUCGCCAGCUAGGAGAGACACUUUUAAAUGAAAGAAGUUCGAGAUCCCACACCAUCAUUCGACUGACAAUUGAAUCUCAUGAAGGUAUCAAGGGAGCCCAGUCAAUUAUCGACCAUGCGUUGCUUAGAGAAUGUAUUUUAGUUAAAUUGGGUGGAAAUGCGACGAGGUGUUCUAUUAUGAACCUCGUUGAUCUUGCUGGAAGUGAGAAUGCGGCAGCUGCUGGUACUCAGGGAUUACGUCAAAAGGAAGGUGCCAACAUCAACAAAUCUCUUCUUGCGCUUUCAAAAGUAGUGUCCAGUCUAGCAGAUAACCAGAAGUUCAUACCAUAUCGGGACUCGAAAUUAACACGAAUCCUGAAACCAUCCCUUGGAGGAAACUCGAAAACGGUUAUAAUUUGCUGUGUGAAUCCUCUAUCAGUAGCCGAGACAAGCUCAACCCUGAAGUUUGCCAAACAAGCGAAGAAAAUCAUUACAAGACCAGUAGUAAAUGAAGUGAACGAUGACGGUCUUCUCGCAAAAUGCCUACGAGAAAUAGAAGUUCUCAAACAGGAACUUGAGAAGACGAAAACGAAGAAGGAAAACGAUGAAGAGGAAAGGGUCCGCGAGCAAAGAACGAAGUUGGCUGAGUUGAUGAAAGGUAUUCUUAAUGGAAGAGGCACGGCUGAAACAAGUUCAUACCUGAGCAGAAAAGCACGUAGACAAACAUGGGCUCCCGGGAAUGAUCUUCCAUUCCUGAACAGGAGAGGUUCUCUCUCACCACCGUGCAAGAAAGAACGUGCGUUGGGUUUAAUUGAAGAAUGCGGAGGACAGGCAUCGGAUGAAAAGAUUCAAAGCACAGGAAUGGAUACGGAGGAAAAGGCGAGCUCAGUGUUCCUUAUCCCAGAUUUCGUUCCAAGUGGAAGACGAUCGAUUACCAAGACGGAUAUCGAAGUACAGACUUCGGAACCAUACCCAGAAGAUCGAUCGGACGAAGUGGCUACGCUCAAGAAGGGAAAUGCGUACCUUGUCGAACAGCUUUCUACAAAGACUAAGCACUGUAAAGAGCUUGAGGAACAAAGGGAAGAGUUUGCAAAUGAGUUUGAAUCAUUGAAAGUCGUUUUGGGACGCAUGCAAGAUGUCGAAACUGGAGCUUUGAUUCUGGAGAAAGAAGUGGAGGAUAUGAAGCUUGAAAAUGCAAAACUCAGUGAAGAAAUAGUGGCGGUGCGAAAGGAGAAUGCCUCCUUGAAGUCAUGUAUGAUGGAGAACGAAGGCAAUCCUGCAGAUAGAACUCGAUUACUUCAUCGUAUUGAUGAGCUUCACGAAGAGUUAUGUGAAACGAGAAAGUCAGCUUCGCAGGCUAAGAGUGACUUGUCAUCGACUAAAGAUGAACUGGAGCAAGUACGAAUCAAUUACGAAUGUCUUCGCAAGAAACUAAGUGAGAUUGAGUCCAGUUCAGAAGAUGCUCGCCAUCAAUAUGCUAGCGCCUCUACAGGGUGGAAAGAAGAAAAGCAGGCAUUACUGGAAAAAAUUGAAGAAUUAUCUGCCUCAACUGUGAAAGACGCAGAUUCUUUGGCACUGGAGCGGGAAAGAGAAAUCGAAUCGCUAAAAGAAGCAUUGGCUACAGCUAGAAAGGAGAUUGAAGCAGCAGUUUAUGCUCGAGAAAGCGUCAAGAGGGAGUUUGAAGAACAGUAUUUGGUAGCAAUGGCUGCGAGUGAGGAGGAAUUGCAGCAGCUCAAGAAAGACAAUUCAGACUUAUGUGCUCGAAUCGAUGCGCUAUUGCACAGCUCUGAUUCUGGAUCCGAGGAAGAAGUUACAUCGCUCAAAGAGGAAAUCGCGGAAUUGAAAGAUGUCAUUGAACGGAAAAAUAAAGCUUUGGAAGUUGCAAAAACGCAUAAGGACGAGUUGGAAAUGAGCCACAAAACGAUCGAUCGUCUAUCAAGGGAAAAGAAAGAGCUUUCUUCUCGACUAAAACUGAAAACUGAGAACACGGAGUUGUUGUCGUCAAGGAUCAACGCCUUGAGAGAUGAAAUUAAUGAGAAACAGGUUGAAGUGGCGAAGGCUCAGAAGGAAAAGAAGUUAGCCGAAGCGGCUCAAGAGAAGAUCCAAGAGGAGAACGUCAAACUGCGCAGCAAUAUCACCAGUUUACAAAAUGAAUACACGAAAUUCCGAGCUGACGUUUCUUCUGAAUUAAAUGAAAAGAACGCAAGAAUUGUUAUGUUGCAAGAGCAAGUAAGAAGUAGCCAACACAAAAUAAUUGCCUUGGACACUGAUCUGGGCAUUGCCCAGAAAGAUGUCGAGCGUUACAAAAAUGCGAUUUCCAACAUGACGAAGGCCCAAGAAGCAGCGCAUACCAGAGAAAAAGAGGAAGGCCAUUUGAGAAACAAGUUGAAUGUCGCUUUGGAAGAUCUGGAAUCUAUGAAGAGAGCAAAACAGGAAGCUGAGGAGAAAUUAAGCAACAAAGAGAAGAUGCUCAGAAAGGCGAUGGACGAAAUUACGAAAUUGGAGCUGGCUUCUCAGUCGUCAGAGUGGCUCAGAGAAAAAGCGUGCAUGACACGUCAAAUUGAAGAUCUUCAAGGAGAGCUUCGCGAAACAAAAGAGGCUCUUGAAGAGCUGCAAGCUUCGACAAUGGUAAAGCGUGAGGAGCGGAAGAGAAUGGCCGAAGAAGUUGCACGUGAGCAGUUAGAAAGGGUCAACGCAAGCAGGGCAGCGAUCUCAUCCAGUCUGCCCGAAAUCGCAAAAUUGAAGCAGGAUCUUGAAGAUGUGAAGAGAGAACUGUCCGAGAGCAAGGAGAAGAAUAGGAGAUAUAGAAUGCAAAAGAUUAACGGUAUCCAGUACGUCGAUGAAUUGAAGGGAAAGAUAGCGAAGAUGGAGAUCGAUCUCAAGAAAACGAAAGGAGAGCUGACAGAGAAGAACGAAGAGUUGCAGAAGGCACUCAGGUCCAAAGCUCAGCUGGAGGCCAUGAUUAACGAAAAGGAAAACCAAUCUGCAAAAGGAUAUUCGAAACCUGGUUAUGAUCCACCGCCUAACGCACCAAUGUCUCAACCGAGCUUAGAAUGGCAAUCCUGGUUGAAAGGCACUAGACGCUUUCCUCCUAGCGAAGAAGAGCUACAACUGAAUCAAAUGAGGCAACAGGCACAGUUAGAACAAAAUGCGUCAACAGAGCAGCGAGCUCCCCAAGUGGCCAUAAGUGGUGGUAAUGAACCGAAGGAUAAGCCACAACAAUUUCCACGUCGUGAUGAUCUGGAAUCGGCUCCUGGAGCAAAGAAAAGCUACUGA